GCGUUCCCGACGGUCGACCAUCGAAAUGGAGGAGCUGGCACGAGUCCUAGUUUUAGUGUUGAGUCUCAUCCCAUUGGGAUCCCAGGGAGCUGUCCACGAUGAGCUGGCACAGUGCGGUUUACAUGGUGUCUACAGGCAGCGACAGAGUCUCAUAGAGUCACCAAAUUACCCGGACAAUUAUCCGGUAAACACAUGCUGGGAUUAUGUGGUGCGGUCUCCCUAUCGAUGCCCCACCAAGUUCCACAUACAGUUCCUGGACUUUAAGCUGGAACUAUCGGAAAACUGCACCAGGGACUAUUUGGCCAUUGGGCUGAACAACGACGGCGAUGACAUGGAUGUUCUGUGCGGUCAGGUGUUGGGGAUCAAGAAGUACCAUACUCCCGAUGGAAUCCUGCGUCUGCGUUUCCUCAGCGAUGAUUCACCUUGGACGACCAAUGGAGGUUUCCGACUUCUUAUCACGCGUCUGGCCUGUGAGAGGGAAGAUUUUGUGGCCAGGGGCCUGGACGAGGACGAGGAGGAUGUGGAUGGGGACACGGUGCAGGUGAGCGCCAAGUCACCUCCCAAGAAGCUGCACCACCACCACCACCACCACCUGCAACAGCAAUCUCCACAGCAGCCUCAGGAUCCGGCUUUCAAUUUUACGCAGGCAAAUCGUUUGGGGUUCAACUUGGGCUUGCAACCCAGCAUUGGUUAUCCUGCUGGAUUCUAUCCACCACCUGUAGGAUUACCACCCCAGCAAUCGCCACCAUGUGCUCCCCAGCAGCAGCAGCAACUUUUGCAACAGCAACAGGAACAGCAGCGAUUCCUGCAGCACCAGCAGCAUCAGCAGUUUUUGCAACAGCAGCAACUCCUGCAGCAACAGCAACUUCAAUUUCCACAGCAGCAACUCCAACUUCCACAGCACCAGCAACAACUUCAACAACAAAUCCUGCAGCAACAGCAACUCCAGCAGCAGAUCCUGCAGCAGCAACAGCAACUGCAACUCCCGCAGCAACUUCAGCUUCCCCAGCAGCAACAGCAAGAGUUGCCCUUGAUCUCGGAUCAAUAUCAGACCACGUCCUUCCAGCCGCAUGCUGUAACCCUAAAGGAUUAUGAAUCUCAGAACUUACAGCAGUUUGGAGGUCAGUUGGAUCUCUGCUGUGCCAGCAGCUUCAAUCAGAAUCACUUCUAUCUCUCCAGCCCCGGAUUCCCGAGAACUGUCUUAAACUAUCUGCUGCCCAAUCAGCAAAGGGAUUGUGUUUUCUACAUAGAGAAGAGCUCACCCAAUGUCUGCCGGCUGAGGAUCCAGUUUAAGUUCUUUGAUUUUGGGCAGAAUUCAGGAGGUUCGGUUGGAGGAAGCUUUGGCAGUGGAUUCGGCAACGGAGUGUCUGGAGGAUUGGGAGGAGGCUUUAGUAGCGGUUUUGGAGGACAACAAGCGUGUAAUGGUGACUUCCUGGAACUGGAUGGUCAACGAUAUUGCGGCUGUCGGUCGGGUUAUAUCCACAAAUCGCAUUGGGAUCAGGGUCGCAAGGCGCUGCGCAUGCGUAUAGGACAGUCAAGUAGUACCACCUCCAAUGGGUUCCUGCUGGAAAUAUUCCAGGAUCAGGACUCCGAUGGCUGCCGGCAAGAUGCUGCCUCCGGCUUUGGAUUGGGUCUGCAGCAACAGCAACAGCAACAGCAACCUCAAAGGGGUUUGGGCUUGUGGCCGCAAGUUGGAUUGCAGCCUCAACUGGGAUUGCAUCCACAAACACCCCAACUGUGGCCCAUCCCGACUGGUUAUCCUGGCUAUGUCAGUGGUUAUCCCUUACCCUUUGCGGCUACUCCCUACCGAACGACUAGGAGGAUUUCCUAUGCCCGCGGAAUCGAUGACCAGCAACCUUCGAGGGUGGUGGAAACCAACUCGACCCGCAAGGAGUUUUACUACUUUGAUGGCAAUGAAGCCUUUGCCCGUUCGGCUUUGGAUGAUGAGGAUGAGGACAAGGCUUCUUUAGGUGUGACAACCCAACCAGCACAGUCUCACUCCCAAUCUACAUCUAAGCCUGAAUCUCCUGUAGUGACAAAGGCCUUCGAGACGAGCAGUUGCUCCUUUGAUUAUAUGGAGGUCCUUAAACUCUCCGUCGACACACUCUGGUUGACCAAACCCCUUUGCUUUUCACCUGUGAGAAGUUGGUUCCCCAACAUUUUUGGCUAACUAAGAAAUAAAAGAAAGAUUAUUUAAUGUAGAUGAAAACUUUGUGAAAGAUUUCUGAGCCAAUAAAUAAAUUAGGGAAAUUCAAAA